GCACUUCCGGAUAACUUCCUAGUUGUCAUUUUUGAAGUCCGAGUAUUCAAAAACGAACUGUUAUCAACAAUACAUGACGACUAUAUUACCAGAAGUCCUAGGGGAGAAUGAGCUGAGGGACACACUGAACUGAACUGGUUUCCCCUGCUUGGUCGGUGAUGGAAAGGCUGAUAGCGAAGCUCACAGAAAAGCAUGUCCUUUUCACGGCUUCCGUCGCAAUACGACUGGCCUUGGUGGCUUAUGGAGACUACCAGGAUAGGACCAUGGUGGUGAAGUACACUGACAUAGACUACCAUGUGUUCACAGACGCUGCGAGAUUCAUCACUGAGGGUCAGUCCCCGUACAACAGAUCAACCUACCGCUACACCCCUCUCCUGGCCUGGCUGCUCACCCCUAACAUCUAUCUCAGUAUGGUAUUUGGUAAGAUCCUCUUCAUCGUCUGUGACGUGCUGUCAGGACUGCUCAUCUACAGAAUCCUCCGUCUGAGAGGUCUGAGCUCUGAGACUGCAAGACGUGUUUGUUCUCUGUGGCUACUCAACCCACUGCCUAUGGGAGUGUCCAGCCGAGGGAAUGCUGAGUCAAUACUGGCAGCUCUGGUGCUGGGGACGUUGCUCUGUAUGGAAGCCCGGCAUCUGAUGUGGGCAGCAGUACUCUAUGGUCUGUCAGUCCAUAUGAAGAUCUACCCCAUAACAUAUGCUCUGCCCAUCGCUCUGUACCUGCGCAUGCCAGAGACCAAAUUAGAGAAGGACAGCAAAGGGUGGAGGUGGUUCAUUGGGUUUCUGGGAAGCUUCCUCAACUGGGAGCUGUUUCUCUUUGCAAGUGUGGCCGGAGGAGUUUUAUGUAUGCUCACAGCCCUCUUCUACUACAUGUAUGGAUGGGAGUUCCUUCAUGAGACCUACUUGUACCAUCUGACCAGAAGGGACAUCAGACACAACUUCUCUCCAUACUUCUAUAUGCUCUACCUCACCACAGACAGCAGCUGGAGCCAGUGGCUUGGCCUGGCAGCCUUCCUGCCUCAGCUCAUCCUACUGGUAGUAGCCUCAUGGGCCUUCCACUCUGACCUGGCCUUCUGCUGUUUCCUGCACACCGCCAUCUUUGUCUCUUUCAACAAAGUCUGCACUUCACAGUACUUCCUGUGGUACCUAUGUCUACUCCCUCUGGUCAUCCCUCACCUGAGUCUGUCACUAAAACAGGGAGUGGGACUUCUCCUCCUCUGGUUUGCUGGACAGGGCAUCUGGUUGGGCCCCGCCUACUUCCUGGAGUUUGAAGGCUACAACACCUUCCUGUUUAUCUGGCUGGCUGGAUUACUCUUCUUGAUCAUCAACUCCUCCAUCUUGAUUCAGAUUGUAGCCCAUUACAAACCGACCCAGACUCCACAGAGACUGAAGAGUGAAUGACAUUCUAAUAAUUUUAACUGAAGAUGAUGGACUAUGGAUGUUCAUAA